CCCUUCCAUCCGUCACUCCACACAAAGAAGAAGCAACAACAAAAAGCGAAGAAGAAAUCGAGCACAUCCUGAUGUUUUUAUUCGUUUCUUCUCUGAUAAUCUGCCAGUUUUAUUACUUUCUGAUUAAUGGAAUAGCGAAUACCUCAUUUUAUGCAUUUAUAUAAGUGAUGGAGCCUGGUCACCCUCUAGAAACUCUACAUGGUGAAGCUGAUCACGAUGGCGUCUGUGUCACAUCCUGGGUCUCCGUGUGUCCCAGAGGCCUCUGGAAGGUCCAACGAAAGCGAAUACACAGUGGAGUUCAACAGACUGCCUCUGAUUCAGCGUUUUCAUCCAUUAACUGUCCAAGGCUGGGGUCACUGUGUCGAGUUCGAGUGCAUCUCAAAUCUAACGCUGACGAAGCAGAGAGUUUAGCAUGUGAAACAAGAGGUGAGAAGCUGGCAGCCCAGCCUUCUCUGUCAGUCGCUGAUGUUAUUGAAUCAGGUGCCACACCCUUUGUGAGGUGUAAAGACUCUGUGCUGCAGGUCCCACUGGGUGACUGGACAACGCUGAGGCUAGGGGAUGGUCAGUGUGAUAUCACAGAGGCAUGUUUGGAGGGAAUGAGAGCCGGGGAGAUGUGUGAGAUACAACUGUCUCCAAUGGAAACUGGACCAGAUGUUCCCCACCCAUCAGAUGAAGGCCUUCCCUUAUGUGCCACAGUUGAACUACAGGCUUUCACACCAGGCAAGGAAUCUUGGGAGAUGUCUCCCAGUGAAAAAUGGGAACGGGUGAAGUCACACAAGGAGACGGGCGGAGUGAGAUUCAGGAGCGAGGACCUGUGGGGAGCCGCAGACAGCUACAGCAAGGCCAUCAAACUAGUCAUCACUCUCUAUAACCACAUUAGAGAUGUACAGAAAAAAAGAUGCGAGUAUGAAGCGGAGGAGCAGAGAGACCCAAACGCAACUGUCGAAAAACUACAUCCUUCAGCUGAGGAACUCAGCACGAUGAAGGCAGAACUCCACUCAAACUUGUCCCUGUGCCAGCUAAAACUUAACCAACCAGAGUGGGCUAAGGCCAACGCUGCUAAAGCCACUCAGCUGGAGCCUGGCUGCGCCAAAGCCUGGUACCGGCUGGGCAAAGCAUGCCAGAUUGUGAAUGAAUUGGAGGAGGCCAAACGGGCAUAUAGGAAACUGCUGGAGCUACAGCCAGAAAUGCCUGCUGCUCUGAAAGCGCUUAAAGAGAUUGCAAGCAGAGAGAAAGAGACAAACGCACAGCUGGGACUGAGACUCAGCAAAAUGUUCAGCUGAAGAUGAAAUAUCAGUAGAUGGAAAUGUUUCUUCUCAUGAUUCACUGCUAAAUUAACAGCCACUGCCUCAGUCCAAACAUAAAGCCACUGUGCUGCAGAUUCCUGUUCUUCCUGUGUGAGAGAGACCUGAAUGUAACUUGACCUGACAUUAAUAA